AUGGUGUCUUCGUCAAGUUUCGAAGACAACGCGUCGGUGGAAACGCUCGUCCUCGCCGGAAUCACGUUUGGCCUCGCGCACGUUCUCAGCGGACCCGAUCAUCUCUGCGCUUUGGCGGUCAUUGCUUCUUCCUCCUCGAGUUCUUCUUCUUCUUCUUCGGAUGAUGAUUCGUGCGAUGAUGAUGAUGAAAAUGAUCAGGAUUGUAACGACCUUAACAUCGAAAGGGUGGAUGUAAACGACGACGGGAAGAAAAGGAUGAGGAGAGAAACGAAAAACGCGAAGGACGACGACGAAGAGUCCGGCGUCGUCGAUGAUGAUGAUGAUGAUGAUGAUUACGUUAUUAUUGCGAAUACUACUAACGAUACAAAGAAACGAUUUAAUGACCCAAAACUGCUUUUGGCGGCCAACAGAAGAAAAAGCCGACAACGAAGAGACAACUUCCUCCUGGGCGUCUCGUGGGCGUUUGGCCACUCGUUCGGGUUAUCUCUACUCGUCUGCGUGUUUUUCGCGCUGAAAAAAGAGUUAAACAUAAACGCGAUUGGAGACGUUGGGGAUAAGAUUGUUGGGUUUACGAUGAUUGCCAUCGCGUUCGCGGCGGCGAGAGGCGCGAGGAAGUUUCGCGUGCGGGAGAAAGCGGAGAGAGAGCACGUGAGAGAUUCAGAAGCGGAUGGGGAGGGAGAGGAGAUGGCGCAUUUAGGCGACGAGAUUAUUUUGGAGAUUGAUCCGACGGCGAGGACGAAAGUGGUCGCGUCUGGUUCGAAGGAGCACGAAGAAAUGCACUUGAGGAGGGAACCGCACGUGCACCAAAGGAGCGCGAGUCGCGAGCGACGCUUCGCCGGCGGCGGCGGCGGCGGCGGAAACAAGGAAGUAGUGGGGGUAGAAAAAGAAGAAAGAGGAGAAAAUGAUGAAGAGAAGAACGUUUCAAGCAGUGGUCGUGGUGGUAUACCGACGACGACGAAAGAGAAGGACGAGGAGAAGAAGGACUCGAGGAAAAAAUCAGCAUUCCUCGUCGGCCUCGUCCACGGCAUCUCCGGUGUCUCUGGUAUCCUCGGCGUUCUCCCCGGCGUCGUCUUAAACUCCUCUGCAAAAUCAGCCGCGUUCAUAGUAUCUUUCUUGCUCUGCUCUACCAUCGCCAUGACGCUUUUCUCCGUCCUGUUUGGCGAAACGUUGCGAAAAGCCGCCUCGUUCGCUGGCGAGCGCGGAAAAGGCAAAAGUGAUGGCCGAAAGCUCGCCUCGAACGUCAUCGUCGGUGCGAACGCGUUCUUCGCGCUUGGGUCAUUCGCGUGUGGCUUCGUGUGGUUGUAUUUAUCUUUCAGCGGAGAAGGUGUUGACGUUUAA